AAAGUGAGGAGGAUUUGCUGGCCCUGGCCGCGUCGCGGCUGAGCCGCCGCAAGCGGGUGGCAGGCGCGGCCGUCGGGGUGGCCAUGGUGCUACUGCUACUGGUGGCCAUCCCGCUGCUGGUGCACAGCUCCCGCGGGCCGGCGCACUAUGAGAUGCUGGGUCGCUGCCGCAUGGUGUGUGACCCGCAUGGGUCCCGAGGACAGGGAUCCGACAGCGCUUCUGCUUCUGUGCCACCCUUUCCCCCAGGUGCCAAGGGGGAGGUGGGCCGGCGCGGGAAGGCAGGCUUGCGGGGGCCCCCGGGACCCCCAGGUCCCAGAGGGCCCCCAGGAGAGCCCGGCAGGCCAGGUCCCCCUGGCCCUCCCGGCCCAGGCCCCGGCGGGGCAGUGUCCCCAGCGGGUUACGUACCUCGAAUUGCCUUCUACGCGGGUCUUCGGCGGCCUCAUGAGGGUUAUGAGGUACUGCGUUUUGACGACGUGGUGACCAACGUGGGCAACGCUUAUGAGGCAGCCAGCGGCAAGUUCACCUGUCCCAUGCCUGGCGUCUACUUUUUUGCUUACCACGUGCUCAUGCGCGGCGGCGACGGCACUAGCAUGUGGGCGGAUUUGAUGAAGAAUGGACAGGUCCGGGCCAGCGCCAUUGCUCAGGAUGCAGACCAGAACUACGACUAUGCCAGCAACAGCGUCAUUCUGCACCUGGAUGUGGGCGACGAGGUCUUCAUCAAACUGGACGGCGGGAAGGUGCAUGGCGGCAACACCAACAAAUACAGCACCUUCUCAGGCUUCAUCAUCUACCCGGACUGAGCUGGGCACCAU